GAGGCGGUAGUGAAAGCAGCUCCGGUGAGUUCAGAGAGAACACGCGCACACCGCGGGGUUAACAUGAGGUUCGCGCACCUGACCGCGCGGGAAGCGUCUCUUCUCCGGGAGCGCAAGAGGUGACGCGCCCUGAGGGACUUGGUUUGUGUUUGUUACCGGAGAGCAUGGCGGAGCUGUGGAUCUACAACGCCACGUCCUCGUGGAACCGGUCUGCCGCGGGACAGGACCGCUUCAGCAGCCUGGACUACAUCGAUGUGCCGGAGGACGGAUCUCCGGCCCUGCGCAUCCUCAUCUCCAUCGUGUACUCGGUGGUGUGCGCUGCCGGGCUGGUCGGGAACCUGCUGGUGUUCUUCCUCAUGAAGGUGCGCCGCGGCCGGAAGAAACGCUCCAGCAUCAACCUGUUCGUCCUCAACCUGGCCAUCACGGACUUCCAGUUCGUGCUGACGCUGCCGUUCUGGGCGGUGGACACGGCCCUGGACUUCAGCUGGCCGUUUGGAAACGCCAUGUGCAAGAUCAUCCUCUCCGUGACGGUGAUGAACAUGUACGCCAGCGUGUUCUUCCUCACCGCCAUGAGCGUCACCCGGUACUGGUCAGUGGCCUCGGCGCUGAAGGACCGGACCCGGCGGCGGGUGUGCCCGGUGCGCUGGGUGAUCGCCGGGCUCUGGGUCUCUGCCACGGCGGCCUCUUUGCCCACCGCGGUUUUCUCCACGGUGAAGAGCGUGGCCGGGGAGCGGCUGUGCCUGCUGGGCUUCCCGGAUGGCCAGUCGUGGCUCGCGCUGUACCACCUCCAGAAGAUCCUGGUAGCCUUCGUGUUCCCCAUGCUGAUCGUCAGCGUGUGCUACCUGCUGCUGCUGCGCUUCGUCCGCCUGCGCAGCAUGAACAACAACCAGGUGAAGCGGAGGUCCCGCGUGACGCGCUCGGUCACCAUCGUCGUCCUCUCCUUCUUCAUCUGCUGGAUGCCCAACCACGCCAUCACCUUCUGGGGCGUGCUGGUGAAGUUCAACGUGGUCAACUGGGACCGGAUGUACUACAUGGUGCACACGUACGUGCACCCGGUGACCGUGUGCCUGGCGCACACCAACAGCUGCCUGAACCCGGUGCUGUACUGCCUCAUGCGCCGCGAGUUCCGCAAGAAGAUGAAGGAUCUGUUCUGGAGGAUGUCGUCGCCCGGCGGGACGAACAGCUGCCACCUGCGGCCGUUCUCCGGGACGGUGCGAGCGGAGCCGGACGACACGCAGAUCGUCAUCCCGCUGAACACCUUGGAGACGGAGAACUGCAGACUCUCCGUUCUGACGGACCAGUGCGACACGGACGCGCUGCAGAAGUGAAGCAGACUCUGAAAGAAAACGCAACACUGGUGUGUCUCUUUACGCACAUUAAAGUUGCUCUUUGUGCCACAAGUGUUGCUGGAGCUUUGUACCUCCUUUAACCAAACACUACAGGAUCCAUCUAGGAAUGUGCCAAAUCCAACGCCAGUACAAAACCAUUGAAGGCAUCACAGCUGGAGCAUUAAAUGUGAUUGUUGACUUUGCAUUAAAGGGAUUGUAUAGAUUUGCAUCACAGUUUAAAGGUGUGAAACAUAAAAUGAGAGAAAUAACACUCGUGCGUAAAUUGCGCAUCCGUGCGUAAAACCAUCCUGCUGCGUUUCCCGCUUCUUCUCCGACUGGGCUCUGUCACCACAGUGAUGCUGAUGUUCUUCUGGUUUUUGGAGGCAGAUUUUCUUUGUAUACUAUAAAUGGAGCGCGCGCUGCUUCGCUCUCUAAGGUGCUCUCCGUGCGGACUUCACUGGUUCAGCUGCUGCCUCGAGCUUCAUUCUGUGGAUUAUUAGUGACGUUUCUUCUGUGGCUGCUGUGUAAAAUGUUGGAGCUUGAGUAAGUGAAUGUAUUAAAAAAAAAUAGCCAAUGCAACCUUAAAAAAACAAUGUUUGGAGAAUAAAAUGUUGAACUGUGUUGACGUUGGUUCCAGGUUUGGUUUGAAGUGUUUCGAUGUGUUGGCUGUGAUGCGUUCAGGGGUUCAUGUGUUGACAAGCCAGCAGCCUCAGCUGGAAACCAAACAGGCUGACUUUCAUUCUUUAAAGAUGUUUCAUUGAGACAUUUGAAAGGUUGGAUUCUCAUGCACGCGUUGUGCACGCGUCACUGCUGAGCUCCUCCACUCUGAUUGGCUGUGGACAAACGUGUCCAGUUAUGCACCUUUGCAGACUUGAGGUGCA